AAAGAACCCCGUGGAAACUGAGCCUUCUAGAGUGACUGACCCCAGUUAGGAGGACCCCAGCAGAGACUGUUUUCCUUCCGCUCCUCACUCCUUGAGGCCUGGCUGUUGGGAACUGGGAAGACUCUAGGAUGUGGAUGUGAGAAAGGUGAGCAAAGAAGGCAGAUGGCGACGAGGAGCAGCCCCAGCCCCAUGCCCGUGGGCACGGCUCAGGGUGAUCCUGGAGAGGCAGGAACACAGCCGGGUCCUGAUGCUGGCAUCCGGGAGACUGGGUCAGCCACUCAGCUGAAGUUGAAGCCCAAGAAAGUGCGCAAGAUCAAGGCACUCAUCAUUGACCUGGGCUCCCAGUACUGUAAGUGUGGCUACGCGGGGGAGCCGAGGCCCACCUACUUCAUCUCCUCCACUGUGGGCAAGCGCUACUCCGAGGCCGCCGAUGCUGGCGACACCCGCAAGGACACCUACGUGGGCCACGAGCUGCUCAACAUGGAGGCGCCCCUGAAGCUGAUGAACCCGCUCAAGUAUGGCAUCGUGGUGGACUGGGACUGCGUACAGAGCAUCUGGGAGUACGUCUUCCACACGGCCAUGAAGAUCCCCCCCGAAGAGCACGCCGUGCUGGUUUCUGACCCCCCGCUCAGCCCCAGCAGCAACCGGGAGAAGUAUGCAGAGCUCAUGUUCGAGACCUUUGGUAUCCCUGCCAUGCAUGUGACGUCCCAGUCGCUGCUGUCCAUCUACUCGUACGGCAAGACCUCGGGCCUGGUCGUGGAGAGCGGGCACGGCGUCUCGCACGUGGUGCCCAUCUCGGAAGGAGACGUGCUUCCGGGCCUGACGGGCCGCGCCGACUAUGCCGGGAGCGACCUCACCACCUACCUGCUGCAGCUGCUCAACGAGGCCGGCCACAAGUUCACGGACGACCACCUGCACAUCAUCGAGCACAUCAAGAAGAAGUGCUGCUACUCGGCACUCGUGCCUGAGCAAGAGCUCGGCCUGGGCCUGGAGGAGGUGCGCGUGGACUACGAGCUCCCCGACGGCCAGCUCAUCACCAUCGGCCAGGAACGCUUCCAGUGCGCCGAGAUGCUCUUCAAGCCCACCCUGGUGGGCAGCAAUCAGCCGGGCCUCCCCGUGCUCACCGCCGCCUGCCUGGACCGCUGCCAGGAGGCGGGCUUCAAGGAGGAGAUGGCCGCCAACGUGCUGCUGUGUGGUGGCUGCACCAUGUUGGAAGGCUUCCCUGAGCGCUUCCAGAGGGAGCUGAGCCUCCUCUGCCCCGGGGACAGCCCUGCAGUGGCCGCUGCUCCUGAGAGGAAGACGUCCGUGUGGACUGGCGGCUCCAUCCUGGCCUCCCUUCAGGCCUUCCAGCAGCUGUGGGUCAGCAAGGAAGAGUUUGAGGAGCGGGGCGGGGCGGCCAUCUACAGCAAGUGCUGAGCAGCGGUACCCUGGUAGGCGAGGCCUGGCGGUCAGGUGGCCUCCGGCCACCCUAUACACAUUUACAGAAUUUCACAUAAAACUUUAACGUGCA